AACAUGACAUGACAUUUUGUUGACUGUCAAUGUCACAUAAGCGUCGUUCGUCCACGCUUUGGUUGUGCUUUGUGCUACUCUUAUUCCGGCUACUCGUGCUUUUACUGUGCAUUUCUCGUGUUCCCCACUUUUGGCUGUUCCACGCAGUUAAAGUAACAACAUUAAUUACUUAUUCUAUAAACCCUUCCUGGAUACCGUUUCCUCAGUGAAGCGAGAAAUCGCGGAGAGGUUGUAAAUUGAACUAGGCAAACUCUUUGAAAGCAAGCAACAUGAGUGAAACCGAAGCCGCAGUUAACCCGAAAGCGUACCCGCUGGCCGACGCGCCGUUAACCAGCAAGAUGCUGAAUCUGGUUCAACAGGCAGCCAACUACAAGCAGCUCCGUAAAGGGGCUAAUGAAGCAACAAAGACCCUGAACAGAGGACUCGCUGAGUUCAUAGUUAUGGCCGCCGAUGCAGAGCCUUUGGAGAUUGUACUACACAUUCCGCUGCUCUGUGAGGAUAAGAAUGUUCCUUAUGUCUUUGUCAGGUCCAAGCAAGCCUUGGGCCGGGCGUGCGGAGUCUCCCGCCCUAUUGUUGCGUGCUCUAUUACAAUUAACGAGGGCUCGCAGCUGAAGCCUCAGAUUCAGAGUAUUCAGCAAGAAAUUGAAAGACUAUUAGUGUAAGAGUGUGUGAAAGAGACAUAUUUUCUUAAAUAUAAGCUUUAAACUCA